GGAGCCUAUGGGAGCCCUAUGGGGCCUUUGGGUUUGGCCCAGCGUUGUUACGAUAUGCUGAUUGACCCCAUUCCUCAGUCUGAAUGUGCACUCAGACCUAGAGAUAACCCUGACCAAGGGAUCUCGAGUAACUCUGUUCUGCUUUCCCUUUAAUUCGAUUGCAUGUGAGAUGCUUCACUUCCAGGCCGGCCUAUGCCCAAUGAACACCAUUGGUAUCAAUAGACUUUGCUGCCUUCCAUCUAAAUACGGUUCCAUUUAAUUGACAGAUGUCUCUAUCUCCAGCUCUCAUUGCCCUAACGACCAUCUACUGGAUGAAGUUGUCCUCUAUGUUUAAUCUAAAGGUAACUCCUUGCUUUAAAACAAGUAUCCUCCCUCUGGUGGGUGUUUCAUCACCACAGUGUGUGUUUCCUUAACAGCAGUGCAUUGCUAUCCAAGAGAUUAUCCCACCUUGAAGAAGCCAGACCCCUUUGAUUUCCUAGGACACCAUUCCCCAUCAUUUUGUGUUGAAAAAGAACUAAGAACUUAUUCCUAAACAACUCCAACCUGGAUCGUUAUCUGAUGUUUCACAUAAGGGCUGCGGUGGUUCCCAAGUCUCACUGAUUCGUUGUUGAUCAUGAAGCAAUCGUUCUAUUGUAUGGAAGUUCCAAUGUGAUUUAUCUGCCUUCAGUUGAAGCACGUGUGCUUAAUCAUUUGGUGAGCGUCACCCGUUUCGAGCUCCCUGGAUUAAAGGCAGCAGCAAAAGCCAAACGUGAAUCAUAAAUCCAUAAUCACUGCUGUUAUGAUAGUGAUCAAUGCUGUUCGUUUAUAGGUCAGGUGAGUAUUUCCAGGCAUCAUACAUUGGGUUUUUACCUUGUUUUCUAUAUACUAAGUUGGAGGGGCAGCAGAUAAACUGCUGGCCUCAGGUGACCCAAAUAAGAGCACAGGUAAUUUAGCCUGAGCACCACAGGUGGAAUCCUCAAUAAACCUGCUGAACCCAGAGCUUUCUAUUUCCUCUCCUGCCUGGUGAAGGACAGGGUGACCUCCUUUGUGAUGAUUGACGUGAAGCUAUUAGUACUUACAAAUUAAUUCCUGCAUGUUUCUGAGUCAGAAAGAGCAAAGGUCGCUCCUCUUCCUGCUUUAUUCCCCUGAUACCAGAUAACGAACUCCAUCACCGGGAUUCUGCUCCCAUUCACCUCUCCAUACUGUGCUUCCCUAAGGAUAAUUGGCACGCAGCUAUCAGUGGCCUAAUGACAUCACCAAGAGAUGAGCUAUGGCAUACCAGGUUCUCUUUAUUGUUCAUCACUUUCACUCAGAGCCUUUCACCGCUUCCGCACUUGACAUUGGUGUGAUUGCCUUUUAUAUCCAAAGUGCAGCAUGCCUGGUAUUAGAAUGUUAUUAAGCUAUUACUUUGCGAGAUGGAUGGAUGCUUUCAGAAGCCAUUAGGAAGGCUGUGGUUUUGUUGCUGUCGAAAUCCCAUUAAAGAAAGGUAAUCCUUACAGUUAAUCAUUCUUCAUGGAGAUGGUUUGGAAUUUCAAAGCACGUUUUUGUGUCUAAACGUUCUUUUUUUCCCCUUCCUUCUUUAAAAUGACAGUUUAGUCCUGCAGUUGGAUUGAGGCUGAAUGGAGCAGCAGUUUGUCUUUGGUGAGACACAAAACGAGCCUUGCUGGAUGCUCUGAUUUGCUCAUUGCUUUCAGCCAAUAUUCCUCUGCAUGACCUACAGGAAAGCCUGGAGGUGGUGGACUGAAUAACCCCAACGCACUGCUGGCCCACGUUGCGUUGCCAUCUCUCUGCUGGGUACCAGAAGGAGCAGCAACCACAGUGGGAGAAGAGAAUAGAGGAUCCAGGGAUAACAUCUGCCACUUUAUCCAGGAGCUUGGCCAACAGCUUGGGGAGAUUUGGUGUUCAAGCAUGAUGGAGAUGUGAGAGCUGCGAUGCCAACACAGCCGUAUUACAUGUGCCUACAGAAGAGGUUCUCUCUGUUGUUCUCUAACCUCUGCCAGUCCCGGCUGUGUUGGCAGUCCUACAGAUCCUGAGUCUGAGCUGGAAGAGGGCAAAAAGUCCAUUGGGAGGAGGACUUCACCACUUUCUUAGCCUUUGAAAUGGCCAAGGCGAGCAGGUGGAGCGCCUCUGAAGGCCUGUGACGAUAGAAACACAUUGAGAAGAGAACAGGAAGAGAAAAAGGAGGAGGUGUUAUCCCAGAGGGAUGACAGGAGCAGCGACACACGUCUUAUUCAGGAAGGAAAAUCUCCUGGCUGUCUGGCAACACAUCAGAACAAUUCUUUCUGAGCCAAUCUCUACACUGAGGCCCGCAGCCAUAAUGAAGCAACAGAAUUUGCCGUAAACAGAGUUAAAGGAUGGAGCAGGAAGCGGCGAGAGAGGAGGAAGAGAGAAAAGAAGGCUUGAUAGAGUUCUAUGAUUCCUUCAAGGACAUGUUUGAGUUCUUCUGUAAGAACACAACCAUCCACGGCACCAUCCGCCUCGUGUGCUCGAGCAGCAAUAAGAUGAAAACAGCCUUUUGGACACUGCUCUUACUUGCCAGUUUUGGCAUGCUCUACUGGCAGUUCGCACUCAUGUUCAGUCAAUACUGGGCCUACCCCGUUGUCCUGACCAUGUCCAUGCAUUCAGAGCCCAAAAUGUUUCCAGCAAUUACCAUCUGCAAUCUGGAUCCAUACAGAUUUGAUCUGGUUAGUGAGCACUUGGCUCAAUUGGAUCGCAUGGCAGAGAGAUCUGUUACCAUUCUAUAUGGCAUCAACACAUCCGCCAGCUUAUUCCAUGUCAACGAGAACAGCAUCCACGUGAGAGACUUGCCAAGCACAGGAAACCACAACAGAUCCAGCUUCAAACUGAGCCAGAACUUCUCUCUACUGAGAACAACUGAGUUCAAUAAUAGGACAGGAAAGAGGCAGUCCCUUGUGGGCUUCAGACUGUGUAAUGCCACAGGUGGGAACUGCUUCUACAAGACCUACUCAUCUGGGAUGGAUGCGAUCCUUGAGUGGUACAGGUUUCACUACAUGAACAUCAUGUCCCAGCAGCCAGUUAUAAUCAACAUUUCUGAUCACGAGGAGAAGAUAGAAGACAUGGUCUACUCCUGUCAGUACGAUGGGGAGCCCUGCAGGCCCAGUGACUACAUUCACUUUCACCACCCAGUCUUUGGAAGCUGCUAUACUUUUAAUAGCAAGGGAACAGAUUCCUUCUGGACAGCAACAAAACCAGGAAUUCCUUAUGGACUUUCCCUUAUCCUGAGAGCAGAACAGAAGGAUCACAUCCCACUCCUGUCUACAGUAGCAGGUGUGAAAGUGAUGAUACACAACCACAACCAGACGCCGUUCCUUGAGCAUGAAGGCUUUGACAUCCGACCAGGCAUUGCCACCACCAUUGGCAUCCAGCAGGACGAGGUGAAUCGCCUGGGUGGCAAUUAUGGGAAAUGCACAACAGACGGCAGGGAUGUGAAAGUUAAACUCCUCUACAACUCCUACACCCUGCAGGCUUGUCUGCAUUCCUGCUUUCAGCACAUAAUGGUUCAAAAAUGUGGCUGUGGGUAUUACUACUACCCACUGCCUCCCGGGGCUGAGUACUGCAACUACAACAAGCAGCCUGCGUGGGGCCACUGCUUUUACCAGCUGUACAGCAGGCUCAGGAACCACCACCUGAAUUGCUUUGAUCAGUGCCCCAAGCCUUGCAGGGAGUCACUCUACAAGGUGUCUGCUGGGACAGCCAAAUGGCCAUCGAGGAAGUCUCAGGACUGGAUCCGCCAAGCUCUAAGGCAUCAGAAUGGAUAUAAUUCUACAAGCAACAGGAAGGAUAUUGCCAAGGUGACCAUCUACUACAAGCAGCUGAACUACCAGUCUGUGAAUGAGUCUCCUUUGCUCUCGGAUAAUCUGCUUCUGUCCAGCAUGGGAAGCCAAUGGAGCCUCUGGUUUGGGUCCUCGGUGCUGUCUGUAGUGGAAAUGUUAGAGCUGCUCAUAGAUACGUUGGUGUUGUCUCUCCUCUUCUGCUACCAAAGGUUCAGGUCGAAGACACUAAAAGUAGCCCACACCCCCUCCAUCCCUAGUGUGAGUCUGACCCUAGAAAGCUACCGUGUUGUGCAGGAGGCUGGGAAGGACAUUGCUCCUGCCCAUGGCCACACUUCAGGACUGCACAUGGCUGCAGCCAACAGCAGUGACCCACAUCCUGCCCAGCAUCCAGCAAGGCAAUACCUGAGCACUGCCCAGACGUGGUGCUGAAUGGAUUCAGGUACAUGAAGAGCAGCAAUUCGGGUACAGAACUAAAUGGUUAAGAACGUGAGGCACAGAGCCAUCAUAAGGGCUGCAUCCUGAGCACAGGCAUCACGCCGAAUCCCUCUGUUCCUAAUGAAUAACCCAGGGAUGUGAGCGCUGUACACAGCCCUCCUGAAAACCUAUUCGCAGCUUUUCACUUAGAAACCCUCGCAAGGAAAACCACCCCGUGGUGUCACACAGGCCAAGUGCAUUUCAUGUGCAGAGAGAAGUCAGCCCACCACCAAAGGGGGGACAUCAACAUGAGGAAAGGAGUGCACACACCCCAUGGUCAGGGAUGAUGAUUUGACAUAAGCUGCUCCGAUCACAGCUCUGUCCUUUGCUUAUCACAUAGAGGACCAGGCACAAAAUGCUUCAGCCCUGGUUAUUUCAAGUGGGACUCGCUGUCUCGGAGGAAUGGAUUGAAAUAGGGCUGGUCACUUUUCUCUGCCACAGAAGAAGCAACUGAGAUGAACACAGCGCUGCGUUUUUCCUGCAGCCCAUUUAUAGACGUGCUUUAAUGUUAAUAUUUGACAGUGACUUACGUGUACAUAAACCAACCUAUUUAUUUCUGAUGGCGUAGGUUUUACUCUGUUAUAAUUGUGAUGACUUCCUGCAUUGUGAAGAAAGCUCCGAGCUUUGUUUUCUAACUUAUUUUUGUCAUAAUAAAACGCUCUGAGCCGCAGAGCACG